GUCGAGAACCCCCAAAUCCAGCGGAAGGUCUGUCUCGAGCCAAACGGUAUGCGGGCGGAAUGACCAGCUCGGACCAAUGGGAUGCUUCCAUUCCCCAGAGCACCUCGUCAGAUCAACUCUCGCGUAGACCGAAUAUAAAUUGUCGCAUCGCCCACCUGCGCACGCGGGGUUUUGGGCCCAAAACACCGUCUGCUCGACCACACCACGCAAGUAUCAGCCUUUCGAUUCUAAUUCUCGACUAUCUCGCCGAUUCUCUCAGCUUCUCGCUUUCUCGUCCAUACCAAAUACUAUCGCAAUGCCUCCAAAGAAAGCCUCCACUGGCGCCGCGCCCAAGAAGGCUGCUGCCGCUCCUACUCACCCUUCCUAUAAAGAUAUGAUCAAGGAGGCCAUUUUGAAUCUCAAGGAGCGGAAUGGUAGCAGUCGCGUUGCGAUCAAGAAAUACGUCCAGGCCAACAACAACCUUGGCGCUACUUCCGAGAAGGCUUUCAACAACCAGCUGAACCGCAGCAUUAGAGCCGGUGUCGAGAGCGGUGAAUUCGCACAGCCUAAGGGCCCCUCUGGUCCCGUGAAGCUUCAAAAGAAAGUUGCCGCUCCCAAGCCUGCUGCUAAGCCUGCGGCUGCCAAGAGCUCUACCACCAAGGCUACUACCACGAAGAAGGCUGCUGCUCCUAAGAAGACCACCACGACAAAGAAGACCACGACCCCCAAGGCGACUACCACCAAGAAGGCCACCGCUGCCAAGCCAAAGGCGAAUGCCAGCAAGCCCAGAAAGACCUCCACGGUAGCACCCGCUGUGACUGAGAAGCCCGUGGAGCUUACCAAAACCAAGUCCGGCCGUGUCGCCAAGACCACCAAGCAACCUGCGGCAGCAAAGAAGGCUGCUCCCAAGAAGACAGCGACAAAGAAAACUUCGACCCCCAAGAAGACAGAGACUGCUGCGGCCCCUGCUGCGGCAGCCUAAGUCCUGUGCUAUAUCAUAUUUGACUUCUUGUUUCUGCGUGUCUAUGAAAAGCCAGUUCGCUUAAUUGGCUGUGUCUUAACGGUGAUGGGAGGAGUCCGGCGGGAAUCUCGUGUGUUUUAUUAAUCUUGUUAUUCUCACUACGUGCCAUCCUGUGCGAGUACCUGGUUUUUCUCACUUUGUGGGUUCUAUCGAAGGUCUCUUGUCUGUGUAGCGUUUCGGGUUGGGUCUCUACGGGUCACUGAGGGUUGUCUCUUUAUGUUCGGUCGCGUUUAGGGCAAAUGAAUUCCCAUUGCGGGUAGUCUUCAGCUUAUUGAAGGUUUUCUUUUCUAAUUCCACUUACGAUUUAUCGACCACGUCUCUUCUGUUGUGUUGUCAUCGUGAUGGAUUUUGCAGAGAUUCAAGGAGGUAGCUCAAAAGUGCCGUGGUCUAUUUGGCUGCAGGCUUUCCCAUGCUAGAUCGAAUUUCUUAUCAAGCUUUUGAACCACAAGC